AUGUGUCAACCAGUUACGCCAUCGAUCAGGAAUACUCUACAACACAGCAAUCGAUUAUUGACCAGAAUCAUUGUCGAUGCCUAUAUUCUUCUCGAAACCAGUCCAUUACCGCAGUGGGAUAUGUCCGAAGAAGGUCGUGAGCACCUCGAGGACUUGACUCUCCACGACUUGCUAGUCUGUGUCGUGCCCCUGCCGAGAUCGGAUCGGCUGCCAAACAACAACAGACUCGAUUACCUGGCUUUUAUCAGCCUGAACAUGUACAACGUAAGUGUCGACUCGGAUGAAAACAUCUUUCUGGUUGCUGGUGAGCCCGCUGGCGACAAGCGCUCGGCCCUGAACAUGCUUCUAUGGAGUAUCCAAACACGCAUCGCCAUGAAGUUCGUCAUGACGGAAGAAGUCACGAUCAGCCCGUCGUAG